ACCGCUCGAAGUGCCUACAAUGUGUGCUCCUGUCAAUUUCAUGUGUUACCCGUUCUUAGGUAGCUUGAAAGCAGCCCCCCACAAGGUGAUCGUCGCACAGCAAUACAGCCGUCAUUCGCUGUGAAUGUCAGCUUACGUUGUUUCCGGGAAUAAGUUGCUCGUAGCGACGCUGCAACCCCAACGGCUAGUGCGUGCCACCUGUAAAUACUUCUCUAACUGCUGCUCCGAACGGCGGGCCAAGCUUAGAAGCGCACCCUCCGACCUCCCUGAAUCAACCGUCGCCUCAUCCUCACUAUCCAGCUUCUCUCCCUCCCUCGCCUCCUGUUCAUCCUCGCUUAGCGACUUCCUUCCCGCGACGUUCGCGAAAUUCGCACGGUCAAUGUUCACCGCACAGCCGAUCGGGAGAACACUACUAGACACGCCAGAUGGGCCCUCCGUCUGUUCAUCGUCAGCAGUCACAGCCGCGGCCGCCGCUGCGUGCUGUCUGCCUCGCAGGCGCAGUAUUUCCACAAUUGACCGCUCGCCGUCGGGUGAUGGCGCGGCCAGAUGCCCCACACGCGCCGCUCUAAUUGGCCGGAGCGUUCGGCGGGCAGCCGCGGAAACUUUUCAGCUGACCAGGCUCACAGUACAGCUGCUCCAGUUUCUCGGUCUCGGGCUCAAUUGGAUGUCCAAGUUUUUCUGCCUCAUGAUCUACUCACUGCUGCUCAUGCCCGGCUUCCUGCAAGUCAUGUGGUACUAUUUCCUCUCCCCCAACGUCCGCCGAAGCAUACCCUACGGCCGACUGCCACGCAACAGCUUGGAUAUAUUCGUCCCCUCGACUCCUUCCCCGCGCCCGCGUCCCGUCGUGAUAUUCAUAACGGGCGGCGCGUGGAUCAUAGGCUACAAGGCGUGGGGCACGCUGCUAGCUCAGGCGUUAGAGGAGCGCGGCGUGAUUGUAGCGAGUAUAGACUACAGGAACUUCCCCCAGGCCACCGUUAGCGGCAUGCUGGACGACGUGACACGUGGCAUCGGCUGGGUGCUGAAAAACAUCCACCGGUAUGGCGGCGACCCGAGCCGCGUGCACCUGGCGGGGCAGUCGGCCGGAGCGCACCUGUCGUCGGUGGCGGUUAUAAGGCAGGCUUUAAUGCGCGCGUCGGGGGCGGCGCCGCUGGAGCAGCAGCGUAAUCUGUCGCCGUUUGAUGGCGGGUUGCAAUGGCAGCAGCAACAGCAGCAACAGCAACAGCAGCAGCAGCAGCAGCAACAGCAACAGCAGCAGCAGCAGCAGCAGCAGCAGCAGCAGCAGCAGGUGGUGGGGGUUGUAGGAAAAGAGGCACGUGUAGGGGUAGCUGUGAGCGCACCAGAGACAGCAGCAGGCGCAGCGGCAUCAGCAGCAGAGGCGGUGGGUUGCUAUUCCGCUGCUGCUUCCGCGAAAGUCCAUCCCGUCGAUGCCUGGAGGAUUCCCGCUGCUUCUUCUUCCGCCGCCGUUACCAUUCCCGACGUCCCCGUUACAAGCUUCCCCAAUAUCCCGAUCGCGGAGGUUAGAGGCACGGAAAGAGUAGACCCUUCUUCCACCCUUCUCGCUCAAGCCACCUGCGGCACCUCCGCCCUCCCCGAGUCCCCUUUCCCCCUCCCCGCCGCUGUCGUCUUUCCGCCCGUCGCUUCCGCCGUUUCCCCCACGGACCCGCACAUAGCGCCAGCCGCGGGACUGCGCGCGGAGAUUGAGACAGUGGCGGGGCUGCGCGCGGAAGUGCUGCGCGCGGGGACGGGGAAGGCGCCGUUCCGCUCGCUGUCGAUGCAGAGGCUGCUGGCGCAUCUGGCGGGGAGCGGUGGGGGGGAGGGGAGCGAGCCGGGGAGAGGCGUGCUUGACGUGUGGGGCAGCGAACAGAUCAAAUCGUUCAUUGGCGUCUCGGGAUGCUACAAUCUCGUCAACCUUGCGCCGCAGUUCGAGGCCAGGGGAAUGAACCCCUACCUCUUCCUCUCCAUAUUCGAAGGGGAGGACUCGCUGCCGCUCUUCUCGCCUGAGCUGCUGGUCUCUCGGCCCACCUUCAAGCCCGCUGCCGCUCUGCUGCCCCCUGUGCAUCUGUACCACGGGGUGGACGACAUCUCCGUGCCCUUCACUGCCAGUGAUGACUUUGGAGUGGCAUUGCAUGGGGCAGGGGUGGAGACGAGAGUGAAGCUGUACAGUGGCAAGGGGCACAUCGAUCUUACUCUUCAGGAUCUGUUUCGGGGUGGCAGAGACGAGCUCGUGGAGGACAUUCUCGACAUUGUGCAUGGGGAGGAUAGGCACAGCCACAACCACCUAUCGAGAUGCGCCACGUCACCCCUGCAUUAUGAGUCAGAAGCUGUUUCUUCAAGUGCUGGUCAUGGUGGCUCCAUGGUGGCCUGUUCUCCCUCUCUAGCUGUUGCACCUACAGCUGACAUGCUGCCUGAAAUGAGGGCUCCUCUCGAAGUGCUCCAACACCUACCAAGUCCUGCUGUGACUGUUUUAGGAGAGAAGGGUUUCCCCCCAGGUUCAACAGAGCAGCGCAUUUUUGGAGAGAUGGAUGCGCUUCUGACAAGACCAGGUACGGGUGGUGUGCAGAACCCUAGAGCAACACCGGUCGCAUUGGGGCCGAGAGGUGUAGCAGUGGGGCCAGAGCGCAAGUGGAUGGUUCCAGAAGUGCUGCUGAGUGCAGCUAAAUUCAUCAGCCCGUUCUAGGAUGUUCCUUAGUCCAUUAUUGAUGAUCUCUAGCGCAUGCUGAUGUUAAGGCUAAUGUAGAUUAAUGGAAUGUAGUGUCAUUAUUUUCCUAUCUACCGUAAAGGCAUGUUUUGUAAGUUUGAUUUUGCUAAAAU